CAUAAUAAAAAUGGAUCGGCAUGACCCAUACGACUACGAAAUCAUUUGUGAACCGGCAUAUGACGAGCAGCCCGUUCAACUGCUUGGCUAUGAUGAAUUUCGCAUCAGAUUUAUGGACGAACGCCAGGACAUACAAAAGAAGACCUUCACCAAAUGGAUUAACUCACAUCUGCUAAAGACCCAGUGUACACCAGUGAACGACUUGUUUGAGGACUUGCGCGAUGGCCAUCGCUUGCUGGCGUUGCUCAGUGUACUUACGGAAUCACAGUUGAAACCAGAACGCGGUCGCAUGCGCGUACAUCACAUCAAUAAUAUUAACAAAGUAAUCCAAGUGAUACAAGAGCAUGGUGUCAAGUUGGUGAACAUAUCCAGUGAUGAUAUAGUCGCUGGCAAUCCGAAAUUGACGCUCGGCUUGAUUUGGCUCAUAGCGCUCGAGUUUAACGGSCAAAACCUGGUGAAGAGUCAGUCGAGUAAUGGCGUGGAGAAAUCACUGCUGGCAUGGGCGCGUCAAUUCACCGAACCAUAUGGGCUGCAGCUACAUGACUUCUCCAGCAGUUGGGCCGACGGUAGGGCGUUUCUCAUUGUGCUCAAUGCGCAUCUCGAGGAUAUCGAUUUGAGCGCAGCGCUCACAAAACACCCGUUGGCGCGUCUACGUACCGCRUUCGAUUUGGCGCACAAAUACUUUAAGAUAGAGAAAUUACUCGAUCCCGAAGACGUGCACACCCACAAGCCGGACAACAAGUCGAUACARAUGUAUGUGAUGUGUCUGUAUCAUGCCAUGGAAUCGCUUCGYAGCCGUGAACGUAGUGACAGUGCUGGYGAGGCAGUGUUGUUCGACGAGAAGGCGCAGGAGGCGCUMCCACCGACGCGCAGCAACAYCAACACAAAUAUCACCGAUCUCGACGAAGUGCCGUUGGAUAGCGCCGAGGAGGUGUUCUCUGACUUGAGCAGUACGCCGGUCAGCARUUCGGAUCCAGUGAAGUCGACGAAGUACAGCAGCGAUACUAUGCACAGCAUUAUGGAUAUCGGCAUGGAUGAGAGCAAACCGUUAGAUUAUCUUCGCAUGGCGAAUGACAAAUCGCGACCCAUGAGCACMGCCACGAAUGCAUCCAUCGAGAUAACGAGCUAUCAAGCAGCUUUGGAAGCGGUGCUCACGCUGCUGUUGGAGGAUGAGCAGAUACUCUCACGUGAGCUGCCCGAAUCGAUUGACUUUCAAAGUGCUAAAAUACAGUUUCACGAGAACGAGCAAUUCAUGUUGAAGCUCACCGAACAUCAGCAGUACGUGGGCGAAGCGCUCGAAGAGGGUUCGAAUUUGAUCAAUGAAUCGCAAAAGACUUCCGGUCUUACCACCGAAGAUCAGAACGAAAUACGUCAGCAGAUGGUAUUGCUCAACGAACGCUGGGAGACUUUGCGUCUGCAAGCGCUCGAUGUGCAGUCGAAGAUAUUGGCACGCCUCGCCGAAUUUCAAUCGCAACAGAUCGAAAAGUUGCGUCUCUUCCUCACCAAUAUUGAAGAUCGCAUCUCGCAUAUGACCAAUAUUGGACCGAGUUUGCCGGCGGUGCAAGAACAAAUUGCCGAAGGGCGSCAGUUGAAAGACGAUCUGUGCAAUCAGCAAGCGCUGGUUGACAGCCUUAGUAAUAUGGUGGUGAUUGUAAAUGAUGAGUCGGGCAAUUUCAAUGAUCUUGAAGAUAAGUUGUCAGCGCUAGGCGAACGCUGGUCGCAUGUGUCCAAGUGGAGUGACUUGCGCAUGGAGAAGUUGCAGCAAUACAAAUGUAUCUAUCGUUGGCUAGAUGUACGCGAACAAGACUUGAAGACAAUGGAAAGCAAAGAUGUAACCGAUUUAGGUGGCAUUACGAAGCGUAUGAACGACCUAAACUAUUGCGCCAAAGAUUUGUUGGAACUGGAGCGUUACCUCAUCGAUUUAAGACAGAUGGUGGCGGCUUCACUGCAAGAGGGCGACGAUCAAGGUGAGCGUGUGCUCAUGCAAUUAGAGAGCUUCGAGGACCGUCUGGAUGCGCUUAAACAGAUUGUUGAAGUACAAACCGACCGCAUCGAGGCGAAAGGCUUCAAGUUCGGGCGUGAUCGUGCGUCAUACGACUAYAGUCGUGUGGUGCGACCGGAUGGYUGGGUGGAUUUCCAAAUGCUAAUCAAAUUUGGCGAAGAAAAUGAAGAUGUGAAYGAAGGUGCAGAAAAUAUAAAUGUGUUGCAGCCGUCACCAGACACCGUCUAUCAAGUAGUAGAAUCACCGGAAGGCAAUAAGAAACGUAAGUUACGGAGUUCGGAUAAUUUUUAUCUGCUUACGGCUCGCAUAAUGGAAGCAUGCAACUUCCUAGAAGAUUGUGAGGACCGUCUGCAGAGUGUGCAUCGUCAAAGUUUGCGCAAUCAAAGCGAAAUGCUAAUUGCGCUGGAGAAGGAGGUCGCCAAACGYACGGCGCUAAGCAGCGAGCUGAAGCAACUGUACGAAGUGUGUGAGCAGGAGGWAGUSAAACGAAAUUUAAUAAUGGAAGCCACGCAAAUCAAACAAAUUGAUGAGCGUUUUGAAACACUCAAAAAGCAUAUCAUUGAACAGAAGUCGGAGACAGCACAAAUCAUAGCCAAGGAAAAGUUCUACAACAGCUUGACUGGCUUCAAGUUGGUGCUGGCCGACUCGCGUGAUUGGUAUAAGCAGCACUCGCAGUCGGCGARCAAGGCCGAUUUAGAACAGCGUUUAAGUCACAUGGAAUCGCUGUCUGGCGAAAUUGCCGACGCUAAAGAGAUCACAGCCACUCUGAGCGAAGACUUGCAAGAAUGGCGUCAGGAUUUCAGUAUUUUCUACGAGAGUUGGAACGACAUGAAACGCGCAAUUAUUACAUUGAUACAAGAUAAGGGUGGACUAGAUGAAGUCAAUGAGCGGUUGCUGCGCUUAGAAGAUUUCAUGUCGAAAAUGUCUGGGGUUAAAGUGAUAGUCACCGAACUGCCACCAAUGCAAGCGCAACAGAAGCAGCUGAAUGAGCUCGUCGAUGAGCUAGAACAAUUGAAGGCAGACUACGAAUAUGUCUGCGAAAAACGACCAGAUGYAGUGAACACCGAGUUUGCGGAAAAUUGGGCUAAAAUACCGGAAAAGCUCAACGAGCGCGUGAUCAAACAAACGACGGCAAUUGAGAAUCUUAAUCACUUCAACGCAGAGUAUAAUGCCAUAUUGAAUGUGUUGCGUAAGUUGGAGUCUAAGUUCAAGCCRGACGAUAUCGAAAGCCCAGAGCAGCUCACACAACCCGCUGUGGGAGACAGCAAUCAACUGAAUAUGGAGCUUCGUAAGAUUGAGAUUGAUGUGAUAAGCGCCCGCAAUUUCAGCGAGAUACUCAUAAAGGAUGCGGAGCCAGCACAUCGAGAACAUUUGCURUCGCAAAUCAAGGAGCUUAACGAGUUCUUUACAAAAGUGCAAGAUUUGCAUAAGGGGCAGGCCUUGAAACGCACGCAAGUACUGGACAAAGCAGAAGAAGUACUCGAACGUUUGGCCAAGACCGAAGUUUGGCUGAAUGAGCUCGAACAAAAUACGCCGAAGACGAAAAUAUCGGAGAUCAACAACUCCAAUGAGCUCUUUCAAAUUAAGAGCAAAUUUCAGACACUCAAAGAGGCUUGCGAGCGUGAGUCUGUGGGCUUUCGCGAGUUGAACGACUUAGGCGGCGAGCUGUUGUUGCAAAUGGAUGAACURAAGACCACAGGUGAGGAAGUGGACGGCAAGUACACACAGUUGCCGAAGAAAUUUACACGUCUGAGCGCGCGUUGGACCGAGGUAACGGCACUGGUGUAUGCGAAAACCGCUUUACUGGAGCACAUAUCUACACAAUUGGGCGAGUUCAAAAAAUUCAUGGUUUCCGAGUCUGGUUAUUUGGACCGGUUGGAGAAUAAGAUAGGCAGUACGCCAGAGAAUGCAGACGCAGAGGAGAUCAUUGAGGAACUUGAUGAUCUCGAAAAUGUGCUGCGUGCACACUCUGACGAAUGGUUGGAGAAAAUUCAAGAAAUUGGCAAUGAGCUAAUUGAACAUGAGUUUAUGGCGAGUUCGAUACGUACCGAAAUCGAUGGUAUUGUGGAGCGUUGGACACAGCUGCAAUUACGCGCCAAGCAACGCACCGAAAUACUGGAGAAAGAGGUGAGCGAGGCCGAACAGUCCGAGAAGUGUAUUGUACAGUUUGAGGCUUGGCUAACACGUGUCGACGAGAUACUGACCGAACAUAUGGAGAACGAUGUUACCAUUGAGGAUCUGCCSGAUGAUUUUCAGCGCUUGGUUAAAGAGUUCGAGACGAAAAAGCAUUGYUUCAAAGAGAUCGAGGAYCUCAUAGCGGAGCACACACGCAAUGGCAAGAUUGAAGCCGCCAACCGACUGCAAGAGAAGCUUAAUCUAACCGAACUGCGCUUUAAGUCUUGUCAGCUAAAGUUAAACAAGUGCACUGCACCACAACCCGCGUACGAAUCCCGUUUAAAUCGCGCUGUGGCGGAGCUGCGUGCAGUCGAACACUCCACGCUGGUGUUGGACGUAGCGUCGGCAGGGCCCAACACCGUUCAGGCGCAGUACCAGAAAUGUGUGCAAAUCUAYCGCACGCUCUCUGAAAUUAARCCAGAGAUCGAGAGCACAAUCAAGACCGGACGCAAGGUGUGCGAGGACAAAUUCACACGUUCGCCCAAACAGUUGAGUCAACGCAUCGACGCGCUAAAGCAUCUCUACAACGCACUCGGCGAGAACGUGACACAAUCGAAAGCAUUCCUCGAAACCUUACUUAAGUUGGCGCACGAACUGGAUGAAUGUUUCGAACAUGCUGAUCAGCUGAUACGCCGCUUCGAAUCACCACAAGAGAUGCAAGAUCGCAAUUCGGGCUUCCUGGAAUUUGAGGAUCURCUGCAGCGCUGCGAAGAACUGUACGAAGAGUACAACAAGUCAUGCGAUCAAACUUGCAUGGAGGACACACGUCAGAAGAUCGACGAGCUAAAGACGAUCUACAUGAAGCUGACCAGCGCAGAUGUAAUUAAACGCUUGACCGAGAUGAARUCGACACUGCAGAACUUGGACAAUAUAUCGCCGGAGACAUUAAAAGCCAUGGAGCAUGAGUUGAAGCAAAUAAACACGCCCUCGAAUCYGGAUAUAGAAAAAUUGCAACAGCAAGUAAUCGCAAUUGUUGUGGAUGCUUUAAAAACGCGUUUUAAUGUAAAUUCCGAGCUGGCAACACUCUUACCAACUCCACCAUCAACUGCACAAAGCACCAGUGCACUUGAAAAUACGGACUCUGAUGUUGAAAUUGUUGUAUUGAGCAAUACGGUACGUCAGCGUCGCGCACGAACACCAGGCAUAAAUGACUCACAAAACGCUGGCGACUCACCGGCCAAACCUGAGCGGUCUCCACCUAUGCAGACGACAGUCGAAUUGCCGYCAGCAAAGGAUGUCUCCGCAGAGCAGGCGAUGGUGACACAAGUCUUACCCGAUGUCUUGCCGCCACAAACAUUCCGUUUAGCAGAGUCUAGCACGCUGUUCUCACACAUCUCGACAGCCACGCCAAUCGAAACGUCAGACAACGCGCCCACUAAGCCACCAAAACGUAAAAGCCGUAAGGGUGAACAACACGCCAAAGUGGUGGAGGUACGCGAACGAAAUUUGCCACACGAUAAAAUGUCAGUACAGAAUAUUGAAUUCGAGCCACAGAUCGGUGAGAUCGUAGACACCGUAAAUAUUUUAGAGAGUGUGGAGCCAUUUGUACCCGAAUAUGUGGAGACGGUACAAAUUGUCGAUCUCUCUGAAGAUUCCGAUUCUUCGAUGCGUAUUGACGCGGACGGCAAAGAAAUACAACGCAGCAAAAGCAAACGUUCGCUUUGUGAGUCACCGAAGCCACCACUCUCACCGCUAUUGGAUGACGUAGAAUUGCGCGGUGCGGUGCCACUCAACACGAGCACACCAUUCCURCGUGUGGAGAAGCAACGCAUCUCGUUCGAUGAGAAGCGCAAACGCAUAGAGAAGGAGCGCGAUAUAUUACGCGACUCGGAGGAGGAUGAGGACGAACGACCGGCUAAGGAGCACGWGCCAUCGAAUAAUUCUCCACCGAAACAACCGAAGCGUUGGCGUCAGCUUACGCUCGCCUUGGAUGAAGAGCAGUUGCCCAAGAAAGCGAAGCCUCAAAAUGAAUCCGAGGGCACGCUAGAUUCACCUGCGCGCAACAGCUUUUAUAGUGCUGACAAAGAGGCAGGUUACGAUUUGGAACCUUUGGUUUUCUCCGAUGAUGAGGAUAUACCGAGAUUCUCACUAGAAAUGACACCAACAUUUGAUUCCGAUAGUGAUACGAGUCGCAUUGAGACACCCGGUGCUAAGAAACCCAAUUUCUUCGAAAGCAAAAUUCUGCCCACCUCUCCGUCUUUGGACGAUUCGAAUAUCACUUUGAAAAGCCCUUACUCCGAUAGCCCGCUGAGUUUUCGCGACAACGCGCCCCUGGAUCAACGUGUGCAAACUUUCGACAAAAUGGCCAAGUAUAUGAUACGCAAAAUGGAGGCGACCAAGGACAAGAUCGAAAAGUGUAACGAGGGAGAGGUCGCCAUUGAGGACUUGAAACUUUUAAUUGCGCCCGAUGCUGCCACUUUGAUAUCACAAGGUGAUUCCUUGGUCCUGGAAACUCACGGCAAGCAGGKUAAUCUUUCACGCUUAGUUAUGAAAACGCAGAUCAUUCUACGCGAAAAGUUCCGUGAAGUGCAGCAAGCCAAAUCUAAAGUGCCCGGCGUGCCACAACCGAUUGACGGCAGCAAUACCCCCAGUCCGCGUUCCACACUUGAAAAGCCGAACAUCGAUUUGGAAGAACUCGUCACAAAAGGACUUAAGCGGAUAAAUGAUCUGAUUGAAAAGCCAUACGAUAAGGCAUCCAUUGAGGCGCUACAGCGCCGCCUAGAGGAGAUUAGCGAUCGUCGCGACGACUUGAAAUUAAUCGUGAACAAAAUUGGUAAAAGUGAAGAGCGCCCUAAGGUGACUGCUACCAUGAUGGCUGAUAUUGAAAAGAUUAUAACGACGAGGCGAGUGGCACCGGAGUAUUGGCUGGUAGUUUCGAUAAAUCCGUAUUGCAAAUAUCGGAUUGGCUGACGUGGGAGCAAAACAUGAUAAAAAUACAAAGUGUUGCCGUGGACGACGUCGACGCGGUGCGGUUGGCCAUCGAGAAGCAGGAGAAAGUUUUACGUGAAUUGAAAAUGAAAAAGCCGCAACUCAACGAAUUGGUUCACACGGCUGAAGUGCUGAAGGGCGACGUUAAGCGGCAACAGUUGCAGGAAAAAGAGCUAAAGCAAUUUUCUCUUGCCCCUCAUUGCGCAGCAGAUUUGGAUUAUAUGCGUUGUUGUUUGAAAGUUACACGCUUACGCGAACACUGGGAUGACACGUCGCAGUGUGUGAUGCAACGCGCCGCCCAACUGAAGAAUAUGCUCGGCGAUUCACAGCGCUAUGAAACCAAGCGCUUGGAGCUGGAAAAGUGGUUGGCACGCAUGGAGGCACGCGCCGAGCGUAUGGGCAGUGUCGCGACCACCGCCGAUGUUUUGGAAGCGCAACAAAAGGAGCAAAAGUCCUUCCACGCCGAGUUGCAUCAAAAUAAGCAGCAAUUUGAGCUCUUCAACGCUUUGACGCAAAAAUUGAUUGCUGUUUAUCCAUCAGAUGACACUACGCGCAUCAAGAAGAUGACGGAAACUAUUAAUCAAAGAUAUUCUAACCUGAACAAUGGCGUCAUCAAUCGUGGCAAGCAACUGCACGCCGCUGUGCACAGUCUUCAGUCGUUCGAUCGCGCCAUGGAUCAAUUCCUCGCUUUUCUCUCCGAGUCUGAAUCACUUUGUGAGAGCGCCGAAGCUGAAAUUGAUCGCAAUCCGCUAAUGUUUAAGGACUUACAAUCGGAAAUUGAAACUCAUCGUGUMGUUUAUGAUCGUCUCGAUGGCACCGGCCGCAAAUUGCUAGGUUCACUCACCUCACAAGAAGAUGCCGUUAUGUUGCAGCGUCGGCUGGAUGAAAUGAAUCAGCGCUGGAAUAAUCUGAAGUCGAAGAGCAUCGCCAUCAGAAACCGUUUGGAGUCGAAUUCGGAGCAUUGGAAUGCGUUGCUGUUGUCGCUGCGCGAACUCACCGAAUGGGUUAUACGCAAGGAUACCGAGCAGUCGUCGCUGAGCGUUGGCCCGUUGAUGGGCGACGCAGCCAGUCUACAAAAACAAUUGGACGAUCAUAAGGCUUUCAGACGUCAACUGGAGGACAAACGUCCCAUUGUCGAAAGCAAUUUAUUGAGUGGACGACAAUAUAUUUCGAGUGAGCCACCUGUGUCGGACAACAGCGAUACGGAAG